GCCCAUUUCCAAGGACAUGAGUUGGGACUGCUCAGAGCGUUUCACGCCUGGAGCAGGAACACAGCAAGAGCGGCAUUGGAGACAAACCAUCAUUGUCAGAGCAGGACCAUUGUCCCAAAAUAGAUUCUUGCACUCAGUGUGCAAAAGGCUGAUCACGCACAGUGUGGAGGAGCAGUUGGGAGCAAGAGCAGCAGAAGUGCAGUGGGAGCCUGAGUUGGUGGAGCUGUGGGAUAGAGCGCAAUCCACCAUGUCCUGGUGGAACAGGGCCCCAAACACCACCAGGAUGCACAUUGAGCUGAACAAGAGCUCCCAGGACUGCCAGCCAAAUGAAGUGCGUGCAUUUAACUUCCCUUUGUCAAAUGCUGGCAAAGAUAAUCCUCAGGGAAGCUUUGACUGUGUCCAGCAAACUGGCUCAACUUACGGAGCGUUGCAAUUCAAACUCCCAACCCAGGCAGAAAAGGCAACACAAAAUCAAGGUGCAGAGGUUACUGAUGGACCUGAUGGACCAUUUUCAGGAUUAGGUUUGCAGUUGAACACCAGAAAGGCAGAGUCCAGGGAGCAGCCAGUGUGGAAAGGUAUUAAAGGUUUGCCCUCCAUUGCAAAACUGAAGCACUUCAUAGGAACAGGUCAGUCUCUGUGUGCCUGAUACAAAGAGAGAAGGCUCCGUUUUGUCACUAUUACUCAUUUAGCCUCUUUCAGGUACCAAACACAAGUUAGUGGUUUCAGACAAGUGCCUGCUGUGUCAUAUCCUCUCUCUCAGCCUGCUGGCCCCAGCUCUGCUGGUGCAGCCCUGGACAGAGUUGUCUUUCUGGGCUGCCAAUGCACAUUGCCGGCCCCUGUCCAGCCUCAAGUAUCACUCAUUUAUGAGCAUUUUUUAAUGACUAUUUGUUUGUUAAUGCCCAACUCAAUGCAUCUUUACUAUCUGAAUUCUUACAGAGCUGGAAAUGCUGAAAAAAUACAGGUUUAUCAGUCCUGGUGAAUACUUUUAAACCAACUAACUUUCUUGCCUUCUCCCAACCUCCCAUAUGACACAUUUUUUUCCCUCUUUUUUGCCCUUAUUUUAGAAAGAAAAACAGAGGUCAGAAGAGUCCCACAAAGCACUCCAGAUGCCGUGCCUGAGAGGAAAAGAACAACACCCAUGAACCCUGCAAACAUCUUCCAGAGAAUUUCCAGUGGAG